UGACUCCGGGCGGGGAAAGUGGGCCAGAGGGUCCUCCGCGCAGCCCCGGAGCCCGAGCCGCGUUCGCCCGGGAGGGCAGGAAUCAACUCGGAGCUCAGACAUGCCCAGGACCAUGUUCACGAACUCCAGGGAGCGGUGGAGGCAACACAACGUCAACAGCGCCUUUGCCAAGCUGAGGAAGCUCAUCCCCACUCACCCUCCAGACAAGAAGCUGAGCAAAAACGAGACGCUUCGCCUGGCAAUGAGGUACAUCAACUUCUUGGUCAAGGUCUUGGGGGAGCAAAGCCUGCAGCCAACGGGAGUGGCUGCGCCGGGAAACAUUCUGGGACUCUUCCCCCAAGGACCCCACCUGCCGGACAGGACUCUACUCAGUGACUACCAGGUCCCUUCACCUGGCCCAAGCCACCACAUCCCCUAGUGUGGCUCUGACUCUCAUCACUCCGGGAAACUCUUGUUCAGAAGUCACUUGCUGUCAAUGACCCUGUGCAUGCUGGAGAGUCAACGUGAUGACUAAUUUGUGAGGCAUGAAUUUAAGCUUCGUAGGAGGUGGCUGAGAGACAGCAGCAAGGAGGCCAUUAGAAGGUGGCUUUGGAGUCCAUCACCCUUGGGGCUUCAGGCAACGUGGCCUGUUUCUGUCUGUUUUCUAUAUCUAAGAUCUACAUAAGAUGUUGUUUGAAGGAAAAACAAUCAUAGGUUCCAAACAGGUUUGAAAAUCACUGUUUCACUCAAUAUGAUUUCAGCUAUAAUGAAGAAGUUUUCUUGCAAUGCAUUUCAGAUGAGUAGAAAAUGGUGCCCUCAGAAUAUAGUUUAAAGUUGGUUUUGAAAAAUGUAGCAUGUUUGAUCAAGGGCGAACAAAAUAAGUUACCUCAGGUUGACGAGUGUAAAGAUAGCC